AUGGGCCACUACGACGUCAUCGUGGUUGGCGCGGGAGGCACGAUGGGUUCGAGUGCCAUGUACCACCUGGCAAGGUCUGGGUCCAAGGUGCUGGGUCUGGAGGCCCAGCCACAGGCUCCUCACACCGCCGGCUCACACCAUGGGCUGACACGGAUCAUCCGCCUGGCCUACGCAGAGCACCCUUGCUACGUCCCCCUCCUGAAGCGUGCCUUCGAGCUCUGGCGCCAGCUGGAGGUGGAGAGUGGGCAGGACCUGCUCAAGGAGACGGGGUGCAUAAACAUGUCACCCAAGUCGCUGCCAGACUCUUGUUUCAAGGGGGCGCAGGCCUCAGCCCAACUGCACGGCCUGACGCACGAGGUCCUGACGCCUGCCGAGCUGCAAGGACGAUGCCCUGGGUACGCGCCGCCCGAGGACUUCCAGAUCAUCUUGGAGCCGGUGGGCGGCGUGCUCUGUCCCGAGCGAUGCAUCGCAGCCCACCUCGCGGGCGCCGCGGCCGCCGGGGCGGAGGUGCUGUACGGCGCCGCCGUCACGCGAUGGGGUGUAGAACCCGGCGGCCAGGUCAGCGUCCAGGCAGGGCCCGACGCUCAGACCCACACGGCCGACAGGCUCAUCCUGGCCCCCGGCGCCUGGCUUCCCAGGCUCGUCCCUGAGCUCAAGAGCUUGCUGACCGUGGAGCGCCAGGUGGUCGGCUGGUUUGACAUCGAGGGCGACGCCUCCCACUUCAGCCCAGACAGCUUCCCGGUGGCGGUGCUCGACGACGAGACCGGGAUGUUCUACGCCUUCCCCGCGGACGCGCACGGCUUCAAGAUCGGGAAGAUGCACCACCGACGGCAGGUCACCGAGCCGGACGCCCUGGACCGAGCCAUCGUCCCAGAGGACGAGGCCACGCUGCGAGUUGCAGUCCAGCGGUACUUCCCCGGCGCCGCAGGGAGGCUGAACCACGCGGCAGCCUGCCUCUUCACAAACACCCCAGAUGAGGACUUUGUGAUAGACGUGCACCCCCGCCACCCCCAGGUGAUCAUCUGCUCGGCGUGCUCAGGUCACGGCUUCAAGUUUGGCAGCGUGAUCGGGGAGGUCCUCAAGGAUCUUGCUCUGACGGGCGGCACAUCCCUGGACAUAGACUUCCUGAGGCUGAGCAGCCUUCGGAAGGGCCAGGCUGCGGUGCUCGAGGAGUUUGGCAAGCAGGAGCCCGCCUCGGCAUGA